AUACCGAGAGCAGUGGCUGCGUAUCCAAACUGCUAUUGUUCUCUAUCUACCACCACCACGUACGCAAGGAAACUAAAAUUUGCUAGGUAUAUUGCUAGAACAACGUACAAAUGACAAUGCCGCCACCCAGUCCACCUACAGCGUCGCGAUUACGGCCUGCUGCUCUUCCGGAAAUUCAAGGUGAUCCUGUCCAACCACCGGUACAAGUCACCGAGGAUACAGAUAUUUCGACUUUAUCGACCGCCCAAGUCUUUGAUUUGAACCAGAGUCUCCUCGACGAAGCUACAGGUGUAACGCGUCCGCUGAUCGAUGAGAUUGCUCCGAUAUCAGCUCUGCGCGCCGAGUAUGAGAAGGGCAACCCUGUAUUCGUCGAGCAAAUAGACUGGCUGGCUGCCAAGGGCUAUCACUACAUCAGAAGAACAAGAGGCGACGGAGAUUGUUUCUACAGAUCCGUGGCAUUCGCAUAUGUAGAACGCAUGAUGCACGCGCUAAAUCCGGAACAAGCCGUGCAAAAGGGUGUUGCAGCGCUAAAAUCCACUCUACCCAUGCUGGAGAACGUGGGAUUCCAAAAAUUGGUGUUUGAGGAUUUUUACGACGUGCUUGAAUCACUCCUUCUCAGUAUUGUCACACCACAAACUACCGGCAAAACACUGAAUGCGGUCGGGCUUCUUCAAGCGUUUCAGUCUCCCGAAGGUAAGCUGUAUCAAUCGGAAUUAAAGAGAUCUCCCCCUUCAUCUUCUGGACCCAUAGUAUCAAACUCUAUCGUGGUUUACUUGAGAUUACUUACUUCGGCCCAAAUACGCAUCGACCCUGACGCGUUCGCUCCGUUCCUUUUCCAUCCGGAGCUAGGCGAACCAAUGGAAGUGCGCGAAUUUUGUGAACACUUUGUAGAGGCCGUUAAUAAAGAAGCAGACCACGUCCAAAUGACUGCCCUGUCGAGAGCGCUCCAAAUUAACGUGAAUGUUGCUUAUCUCGAUGGCAGAAACAGUAAUGGGCUAGUUGAUUUUGUCGAGUUUCGGAGUGCGCCUGAUGUCAAUGAGACACCGCUCACGUUGCUCUACAGACCCGGACAUUAUGAUAUCCUGGUGAACUCUGAAUGAAGCAGGCGUAGGUGUGGGAGUGUGAAGAACGGAAUGAUAUCUUUGUACAAUGUCCUCUUAAACUUAAUUCCCUGUCAUUUUUAUUCCCUAAUACACGGAAACUAGGUGCACAUUUGACCCUCGCUUGCAAUCAACGUCACAAUACUGAAUUGGAACGUAAAAGAGUCCACUAAGACCUGCACCAAAGUGUAUGGCAGAUGGAAUAAGUGCCACUACAGCACGCCGGUAAACAUCGACGCCGGCUCGCCCUGAAGAAAAUAAUGUGCGGUUCAAGUCAAAAG